AUGGCUUCCAUGAGCGAGUAUAUUCAACAAACUGAAGCUAACGAUGGUAUCCGUUUCUCGUGGAAUACUUGGCCUGCCUCUCGUGUCGACGCAGGGCAACUUAUCGUUCCGGUCUCUUGCCUGUAUACACCUAUGAAAGAACGGGAAAAUCUUCCACCAAUUACGUAUGAUCCUGUUGUCUGCACUAGGUGCCGUUGUAUACUUAACCCAUUCUGUCAGAUUGAUCUUCGUUCCAAAUCCUGGAGUUGUUGCUUGUGUUCUUCAAGAAAUACUUUUCCCCCUCAAUAUGACGGCAUGUCUGAACAAAAUCUUCCUGCUGAGCUUAUGCCUCAGUUUACUACCAUUGAGUACACAAUUGCGAAAGCUCCUGCGCCACCACCCGUCUUUCUUGUCGUUAUGGAUACGUGCUUGGAAGAAAAUGCCAUUUUGCAGCUUAUCACUAAACUACCACCCAAUUGCAUGAUUGGUCUGAUUACUUUCGGUCGCAUGGUUCAUAUUCAUGAACUAAACAGUGGUUCUAUUGCCAAAUCUUGGGUAUUCAAGGGCACUAAGGAUUAUAUUGGCGAACAACUUCAAGUAUGUCUUCUAAUCCUAUUUUUUCAGUUUUAUUGUUUCAUAUCCAUGUUAGGUCUUGGUCGCAAUGGGACUGCCGUAAGAAAUCCUGGGCCUCCCAUAAAUCACGUUGCUCCAGGAAGUCUUCCACAAAAUCGCUUCCUUCAACCCAUAGAAAGUUGCUCUGCCUCUCUGAUUGAAUUAUUGUCUGAAUUGACACCUGAUCCGUGGCCUGUGCCUCAAGGUCAUCGUACUCUGCGUUCUUGCGGUGCCGCGGUUUCCAUAGCAGUCGGGCUCUUGGAAGCUGCAUUCCCCAACACUGGUGCUCGUAUUCUCACUUUCUUAGGUGGUCCAGGAACUCAAGGACCAGGUACAAUCAUUGAUGAUGACCUCAAAAAUAUCAUUCGUUCUCAUCAUGAUGUUGAAAAGGAUAAUUGUCCUCAUAUGAGAAAGGCCAUCAAGCACUAUGAGGGCCUAGCUAACAGAGCAGCACAAAACGGCCAUGUUGUGGAUAUCUUCAGCUGUCAUUUGGAUCAAACUGGUCUGCAUGAAAUGCGCUAUCUGGUUAAUUACACUGGUGGCAAUAUGACUAUGUGUGACUCUUUCGCCUCAAAUCUCUUCAUUCAGAGUUUCCAAAUUUUCCUUUCUAAGGAUGUUGCUGGCCAUUUGAAAAUGGGCUUUGCUGGUCAGCUAGAAGUUAAGGUGAGUCUUAAAGUGUCAGGCUGCAUUGGAAGUUGUUUCUCCGCCAAUGUAAAGACGCCCAGUACAAGUGAAAACGAAGUGGGUAUCGGCCACACCUCUGUAUGGCGUUUAAAUGGCCUAACUCCCUCAUCCACGUUGGGCAUCUUCUUUGAAAUGACCCAACCUCAUGGUCAAGCCAAUGCAAGUAGUGGAACUGGUCGAGCCUAUGUCCAACUGGUGACCCAGUACCAGCACGCUUCCGGACAAAGGCGUAUUCGUGUUACUACGGCUUGUCGUCAGUGUAUUGAUGCUGCCACUCAACAUCCCUACCUUGUUGCCGGUUUCGACCAGGAGGCCGCUGCUGUCCUCAUUGCUCGUAUGGCAAUGUUCAAGGCGGAAACUGCCGAUGGGCGAGAUGCACUGAGAUGGUUGGAUCGUCAAUUGAUCAAAUUGUGUCGUAAAUUCGGUGAAUAUCACAAAGAUGAUGCUGCCUCUUUCCGUCUUCCCGACGAAUUCUCUUUCUUCCCCCAAUUCAUGUUCCAUUUGCGACGAUCAUCUUUCAUACAGGUGUUUAAUAAUAGUCCUGAUGAGACUGCCUACUAUCGGCAUGUACUGAAUACCGAGGACUGCUCAAAUGCUCUAUUGAUGAUUCAGCCUUCACUGAUUGCUUUCAAAAUGGAUGGUACUGAUGAACCAGUCCUGUUGGAUUCAACUAGUAUCCAACCUGAUACCGUGCUUCUAAUGGAUUCGUUCUUCCAUAUUCUCAUCUAUGUUGGAGAGAAUAUUGCCAAAUGGCGUAAGGCUGGCUACCUUGAAAUGCCAGAAUAUUCCUAUCUCAAGACAGUGAUUGAGAAACCCCGGACAGAAGCCCUGGAUAUUCUGCGUACCCGUUUUCCUACUCCCCGUUAUAUCGACACGGAACAUGGAGCCAGUCAGGCUAGAUUCCUCCUCUCAAAGGUCAAUCCCUCACAGACGCAUAACAAUAUGUUCGCCUAUGGACAGGUACGUUAUUUCUUGCUUGGGCAUACUAUAACCUUGUUUGUCAAAUACAUGAGAUAA